UUUCUUCUUGCUCUAUAACUAGCACCCCGAGGUCCCUUCAUCACAGUUGCACUGGACACACACAGCCAGAGUUAACUCUAAACCCUGUAGCAGACGCACAGUAGCUUGGUAGGAAGCCAUGGCGAGGAAAGCGGCGGUGAUCGCCACGCUGCUGGCCCUGAACCUGCUCUUCUUCACCGUCGCUGACGGCUGCGGCUGCCAGCUGCCUAACCCGCCGGGGGGAGGAGGGGGCGGCGGCGGUGGGGGAGGAGGGAGCGGUGGCUGCCCGAUCGACACGCUGAAGCUUGGGGCGUGCGCGAACGUGCUGGGUGGGCUGAUCAAGCUGCGGCCGGUGACGACGCCGAAGCAGACCUGCUGCUCGCUGCUCCAGGGGCUGGCGGACCUGGAUGCGGCCGUGUGCCUGUGCACGGCGCUCAAGGCCAACAUCCUGGGCAUCCACCUCAACGUCCCCGUCGACCUCAGCCUCCUCGUCAACUACUGCGGCAAGAACGUCCCCGCAGGCUUCCAGUGCACCUCCUAGAAGGGGGUGCGAUUUUGAGCAGGCCAUGCAUGGCUGACUCAGAGAAGUUGUGUGGGUUCCAACAAAAUGGUCAUCAAAACCGGGUUUAGGCUGCUCAAGAUUGGAAGUCGAAUGGUUUCAGGAGUUCAGGGGAGUAAUCUGUCCGGUUUUCAGAGUUAAGGGGUGUAAUACGAUCUUUUCAACAAGUUCGCGGGUGAUUUCUUGCGGUAAA